AUGUUUGCGAAUUUUGAGCUGUGGUCCGGCGGCAUGGUCGACUAUGCGGCCAAAAAGAGACAGCCGCGAUCUAGGACUGGGUGCUUAUCCUGUCGUCGUGUAAAAAAGAAAUGCGAUGAAGCGAGACCAGUUUGCGGAAGAUGUCUACAGCGCGGGCACCCCGACUGCUGCACUUGGACAGAGCCCAUGCCGGCCAUCGCGUCUCCAGAACCCUGCAGAAAGGAGCUGCAGCGGCAUCGGCGUUUAGACUCUUUCCCCUCGAUCCGUCCGAGUUCGAGCUUCCUCCUGCAUUUCCCCGACGGGCUAGCCGGCGUGCCGGCAGCUCACGCAUGGGAGGUUGUAUGUCACGCUAACCGCGCAAUCCACGGCGCAUACUUUGACGAUCACUACACGAUUCUCGUGCCUUUUCUUCCGUUAAUCGCCGAGUUUCCAUCGUAUGCAUAUACAUGGCUUGCGCUCGGGGCGGCGCAGCUUGCGCAGCAGCAUCCAUCGUCAGACAGCAGCCAUUGGCGCCUCAUGGCGCUCGAGUGCCACUCCAAGGCCAUUUCUGGCUUGCGGAGGCACUUGGAGUCCACACCCGUACCGCAAGAAUGGGCGUUGUGCUGCAUGCUUCUGCUGCACAUUUUUGAAAAAUUCGGCGAUGGGCAGCAGUGGCCGUCGGAUGCCCACGUCAAGUCUGCGCGAGGCUAUUUCCUCCACCGUUUUGCUCAAUUCCCGCCAACCAACAUGCGCCACAUUCUUCAGCUGGAAAGUCUGAUAUAUCGAAUAGCAGUUACGAGCCUCUUCCAGCCGCGCGAGGAAAGCAGCAGAGACUGCACAUUUCUCGACAAGUUUGUCGACAUCUGGGCCGUAUCGAGCAUUCAGUGUGGCUUGUGGCGGCAUAGUCUGUGGAUCGGCCUGCAGCCGUCAACAUUCAAUGCCGUCUUCAAGCUUUCGGUACUUCUUCGUCAAGUACCGCUGAAUGAGCUGCAGCUGUCUGAAUUGGAACGAAUUGCGCAAAAUCUACCACAACAUCUGCCGUCUCACGGAGCAUCGCCGUCGCUAUCGGCAGACGAAGACUAUGCGCUGAGUGAUGACUGCCUCUCGACACUGACAUUGGAUGAUCAGUCUGAUGCCGCGCAUUGCCUGUUCUCCAGCGCCUGUUGGGUCGUCAUGUCCAAAAUGCGGAAUCUUGCGACAACGCAAGAUCAGGACCCUAUUCGGGAAUUAGCACGUACUGGCUACGGCUGGCUCAAGACUUUGAUUAAGGUCAGGUUUUUCUCGCCAGUUUUGCUAUGGCCAGUAAUUAUCCUUGGCCUGGCUGCUUCUACUCUCAAGGAGCAAAAUACCGCGACCACCUAUGUCAACGCGCUGGCGCAUGCGUCAGGGCUACGAGCAUCGACAUCGGUAGUUCGGUUGUUUAAGAAUGCCUGGGAGGGCGUCAACGGGGACGAACCGGCAGGUAUCGACAUGCUUUUCAACUCUGAAGCGCUUGCCACUGUUUUUAUUUGA